UGUUCAACGAAUCAAACACUUGAAAUUAUUGAAAAGUUUAAAAUAGAUUAAGGCGAAUCGCAACAUUAAAAAAAGAUAAACAUUCUUGUAUAAAGAAAACAUGUAUGUUAUUAUUACAUCCAUUCUAUACGCACUGGAUCUAGUCACUCAUGCGAAUUUUGUAUACUUCAAACUGCAAAGGAAGAUUUUUUUGUGCUAAGGAUUUGUAAAAUUUUCAAAAAAGGCGGGAUUUUUUCCAAAAAAAGUUGCGGUAAAAUAAACGUAAAGUUUAUCGUUUUGAUAUUAUUUUGUGCUAGAAUGAGGGAUUAUAUUAUAACGAAAAUCAGCCAGACUUAAAAUGUUUAUGCUUAAAGUACUUGCAAACCAAAUGGAAGUCUGGAAACCAACCUUAAAAUUUCCAGACGUCUGUUUGGUUAGGCAUAUUUUAAUGUAACAAAUAUUUUUUGCUGUAUGAAUGUUUUUCUGCGACAUAAUAAAAAAGCAUGCCACACAAGCCCGGCUGAAUUAUUCCGAAUGUGCUAUCAAAGUGGCGAAUAUCUGUUUAUAUGCAAUCAACGAAGAGAACGCAAAUGUGAGAAGCAUAACUAGUGCCGCAAUGAACAUGUUCAACGAUACAAAUAAAGUACUAGUACAAUCAAAUCUUCUGAGGUAUGAAGAUUCACCAGCAACAAGAGGUAUAGUCUUACUUUCUCAAUUUUCUUUGAUAAUUUGAACUAUUGUAUUGUUUCUAUUAAAGAAAAAUCUUCUUUCAACAGGCGUGUCGUUUUGGAAAUGCAAUUCACGGAAAGAAUUCUGCGUGUCUUUGUACGCUCACACAGUACCUCCAACACUAAUUACACAACUGCAACGCCACAGCCAGAUGACAUCUUAAUCAAACUGGAAGAAAUAAAGGCGUCUAUGAAGUCCAUGGUGGCUGUAGAGUGUCGCAGUGAAGAUGUAGAAGCGUUGAAGAGAUCAUUACAAAUGCACCGAAUAAAAGCCCCUUUGGUUGAUGCUUUCCAAUGUCUCAUUUGGAACGAUUUGGCUACACCACCAAUCAAUUUAUCGUCUUUCUGCAGGGAAAUUCUUGGUUGUGCGAACUGCAUUUUGCAAUAGGCAGUAAACGAGGAGCGCUGCCCACACUGUCGUUCCAGUGAUAUGAAUGCUUAUACUGUAGAAAGUUUAAAUUGUAUUUUAGAAGUUCUUAGAAAUAUUAUAUUAGAUAACUAAAAAAUCUGUUGUUUUUACUUGAUGUUUAAACUUGAUAGGUAAUAAAAUACCUUAUUGUAUCUAAGAACAAGCGAUAUAAGAACAUAAUAGUUACUUCUUUAUUGGUCGAAAUGUGAAAAGGAGUUAAAUCCAUUCUUGACUUUACGUGGCUAAAAACAUUAUGCUUAUAAAAAAAUGUACCUUUUCGGUAAAAAAAAAAA